AUGACUCAUGCAAGUGCGUUAAGUUCAAUAAAAGCAUCUGGUAUUGGUAUAUCAUCCAGUGGUGGCUGUAGUAAUCGUAAUAAUCCCAAAUGUACAUCAUUAGAGCAAGUAACAUGUGUUACACUUAAUUGUGUUAAAGUUUUAAAAAAAGCAAGUGGUUGUCCAAUAACAAUCACAGGAGGAACAGAAACUGGUCAUGCUGGUGGUACUUAUUCACAUUCAACUGGUUAUAAACUAGAUUUAUCAUUGAAUACAUGUUUAAAUAAUUAUGUAACAAAAACAUUUACCCGUAUUGCUAACCGUGGUGAUGGUUCUGCGCAAUACAGAGCCGGUAGUGGAAAUAUUUACGCCAAAGAAGGAAAUCACUGGGAUAUCACAUACAAUAAAGCUUGUUAA